CGCGGGGGAAGCCGGGGCGGCCAUUUUGGUUGAGGGCUGGCGACCAGGCCCCGGAGACCCCGGGAUGGCGUCAUCUGGGCCAAACUCCGGGGGAGCCGGGUUCGUGAGGCCGCGUGGCCGCCAUUUCCUAGGAGGGCGCCCGGCCCCGGUCUCUGUAGCUUCAGCCGCCGCGUGGUCCCCGCAGAGGCCGCCCGGGAGCACGUGGGGCCGCGGACCAGGGGCCGGCACUCCCCAUGGCGCCGCCUCCGGCCCCGCUCCCCGCGCAGGAACCCGGGGCGGCCGCGCGCUCGGGGAGGAGCCCCCAGCCCGUGAGCUUCGCGGACGUGGCCGUGUACUUCUCCCCGGAGGAGUGGGGCUGCCUGCGGCCCGCGCAGAGGGCCCUGUACCGGGACGUGAUGCGGGAGAACUACGGCCACCUGGGCGCGCUCGGGCUCCGAGGCACCAAGCCGGCCCUCAUCGCCUGGGUGGAGGAAGAGGCUGAACUGUGGGGGCCAGACGCCCGCGACCCGGAGUUGGGAGCGUGUCCGGCAGGAGAAGACACGGCAGGUUCCAGAACCAAGGAAGAGAAAGGACUGAGAGAAGGCCCCGGGGCCCUGGACGCUCAGCCUCUUGGGCUGAAGGCUCUCACACCCCCUUCUGCUGGUCUCCCUUACAGUCUGGAGCAGCCAUCCACCGUGCCUCACCGGGGUCGCCCCCCACUCUUUGCCCAUCCCCCUGUCCCAAGGGCAGACCAGCGUCACGGUUGCUACCUCUGUGGGAAGAGUUUUGCCUGGCGUUCCACUCUGGUGGAGCACCUGUACACCCACACGGGUGAGAAGCCCUUCUCUUGCCCUGACUGUGGCAAAGGCUUCGGCCAGGCCUCCUCUCUGAGCAAGCACCGCGCCAUCCACCGUGGGGAGCGGCCCCACCGCUGCCCGGACUGUGGCCGGGCCUUCACCCAGCGCUCUGCCCUCACCACCCACCUACGGGUCCACACGGGUGAGAAGCCCUACCGCUGUGCUGACUGCGGCCACUGCUUCAGCCAGAGCUCUGCCCUCUACCAGCACCAGCGGGUCCACAGCGGCGAGACCCCCUUCCCUUGCCCAGACUGUGGCCGUGCUUUUGCCCACGCCUCAGACCUUCGGCGCCACGUGCGCACCCAUACAGGCGAGAAGCCCUACCCUUGUCCAGACUGUGGGCGCUGCUUCCGGCAGAGCUCCGAAAUGGCAGCCCACCGGCGAACCCACAGCGGGGAGCGCCCCUACCCCUGUCCUCAGUGCGGCAGGUGCUUUGGCCAGAAGUCGGCCAUGGCCAAGCACCAGUGGGUCCAUAGGCCUGGUGCCGGGGGACGAAAGGGCCAGGGUGCCAGUGGGUUGCCUGUGCCCCUGACCCCUGGCCAAGGGGACCUGGACCCGCCUGUGGGCUUCCAGCACUACCCAGAGAUCUUCCAGGAGUGUGGGUGAUGGCCUCAAAAGUGAGAAGACAAAGGGUGAAGAUCUAAACAUUUCCUGAGGCCCAAGCUGGAAUCUGUACUGAACCUCUGGGGGCUCCAGGGAGGUCGUAGAAUUCCUUGUAAGAACUGGACCUGGGGGACGAGCGCCAUCAUGUUUUAGGCCCUCUCCAGCUUGACGGGACACCUCGGUCUCUGCUGGCCUAGCCUACAAGCCCCCUUUGCUGAGUUAGGACGAGGUAAGACCCCGCUGACCUCCGCUGUGGGAAGAAAAGGCCGUCUCUCAGACAGUUAAGAGGACUGAGGUGGAAGAGAACCUUGUUUUACCCGUUUGCCUUUUCACUGCAUAAGUUAAAAACUGGUGGCCGUGCACUGAAUCUGGCCUGCAGCUCUUUUAUUUUUUGGCCUAGUCAGAAUUUUAAAAUGUUACAAAUUAUUGGUUAAGAUUUCACACAGAAUCCAGGUUUCUGACUUCUGUCGAGAAAUCCAAAGAUUUGGCAGCUCUACCUAAACUCCCACAAAACCACAGCUGGCAGGAGCGGGGGCAGCUGUUGCCUCUGGAUGGAGCCGGACCUGUGCUCCGGCUCGGCAUGCUCGCCGCCCUCAUCGGCUCCCGACCAGCGUCAGCUGGCGCUCAGGCUUGCCCACGUCUCUUCCAGGCGGGCUGGCUCCCCCUGCUGUUUUCCUCUCCUUUACAUGGCCUGUUGGGCUCCUGUGGUAACUGGAGUUUGCAAGCCGUGGUCUAGGGCAGCCGUCGCCAACCUUUUGGACCUCACAGACCACCAGUGGUCCACGGACCACCGGUUGGCGUCAGCUGGUCUAUAGCAUUCAAGUUUUCCUGAAUCAGGGAUUUACAUAGAGGGCAUAUAUGGGAAAGGGCACAGGAGAGAAGUAAAAGCAGGCUUUAUUUUA